ACGGUUCCAGAAAGUGCAGAGUGCUCUGGAUCCACGAGGUUAGCUUAGCGGUUGCACUUGGUUCUCAGCGCUUUCUGGUACACACAACUGAAUAACGUUAUUUUCAUAUCUCGUCUGCAUAAUUUCACAUUGAAGAUGUCCUCUUUGGGGACCCUCGCCUUCGAUGAAUAUGGGAGACCAUUCAUCAUUAUCAAGGACCAAGAUAAGAAGACCCGCUUGUCGGGCCUUGACGCCCUGAAGUCUCAUAUUAUGGCAGCUAAAGCCGUGGCGAACACACUCAGGACGUCUUUGGGCCCAAAUGGGCUUGAUAAGAUGAUGGUGGACAGGGAUGGUGAGGUCACAGUCACCAAUGACGGUGCUACUAUUCUCAGCAUGAUGGAUGUUGACCACCAGAUCGCCAAACUCAUGGUUGAGCUCUCCAAGUCUCAAGAUGACGAAAUUGGCGAUGGAACAACUGGUGUUGUAGUCCUUGCUGGUGCCCUUUUGGAACAAGCCGAGCAGCUUCUGGACCGGGGGAUCCACCCGAUCCGCAUUGCAGAUGGCUACGAUCAGGCUGCCCGGAUCGCCGUUCAACAGCUUGACAAAAUCGGCGACAGCUUCCCUGUGGAUCCCCAAAACACAGAGCCCCUUAUCCAGACAGCUAUGACAACGCUGGGAUCUAAAGUGAUCAAUCGCUGCCACAGGCAGAUGGCGGAGAUCGCGGUCAAUGCCAUCUUGACUGUGGUGGACAUGGAGAGGAAAGAUGUUGACUUUGAGCUCAUCAAGGUGGAAGGUAAAGUCGGUGGGAAGCUGGAGGACACUCAGCUCAUCAAAGGUGUGAUUGUGGACAAAGAGUUCAGCCACCCCCAGAUGCCCAAGGUGUUGAAGGACACCAAAAUCGCCAUUCUCACCUGCCCGUUUGAGCCGCCAAAGCCGAAGACCAAGCACAAGCUGGAUGUGACCUCCGUGGAGGACUACAAAGCCCUGCAGAAGUACGAGAAGGACAAGUUCCAGGAGAUGAUCCGCCAGAUCAAAGACACUGGAGCCAACCUGGCCAUUUGCCAGUGGGGAUUUGAUGACGAGGCAAACCACUUACUGCUACAGAACGAGCUCCCUGCCAUUCGUUGGGUUGGAGGACCUGAGAUUGAGCUGAUUGCCAUAGCGACUGGCGGGCGCAUUGUGCCCAGGUUCUCUGAGCUGACUGCAGAGAAGCUGGGAUCUGCCGGCCUUGUGAAGGAAAUCUGCUUCGGCACAACUAAAGACAGGAUGCUGGUGAUCGAGGAGUGCAAGAACUCCAGAGCCGUGACCAUCUUCAUCAGGGGAGGGAACAAAAUGAUCAUCGAGGAGGCAAAACGUGCCCUCCACGACGCAGUGUGCGUCAUCCGUAACCUGGUCCGUGAUAACCGCAUCGUGUACGGGGGCGGAGCCUCCGAGAUCUCCUGUGCUCUCGCAGUCAACCUGGCUGCAGACAAGUGCCCCUCUCUGGAGCAGUAUGCCAUGCGGGCUUUCGCCGAUGCCCUGGAAGUCAUCCCCAUGGCCCUGGCUGAGAACAGCGGCUUCAACCCCAUCCAGACCAUGACCGAGGUCAGGGCCAAGCAGGUCAAGGAGAACAACCCUGCACUGGGCAUCGACUGCCUGCACCUGGCCACCAACGACAUGAAGCAGCAGCACGUGAUCGAGACACUGAUUGGGAAGAAGCAGCAGAUUCUCCUGGCCACCCAGGUGGUGAAGAUGAUCCUGAAGAUCGACGACAUCAGAAUCCCGGGAGAGUCCGAGGAUUGAUGCGCCAAUGUCUGCACUCUGACCGAGCGAGCAGUCUCCAUGCCCUAAGCAUCGUGUGUCUAGUCGUUAGGCAGUUAUUUAUUCUUUUGUACCACAAAUGCACCCCUGGAGCUGUAAUCGUUCAAGUUAAUGAAUAAACUGUUAGUCUGUCAAGCUA